GGCUCCGGCCCCGCGGGCCCCGAGGACUCGUCGGACAGCGAGCCCGAGCCCGAGCCGGGCUCCCCGCAGAAGCUGCUGCGCAAGGUGUCCACGUCCGGCCAGAUCCGGCACAAGACGAUCAUAAGAGAGGGGAUGCUGAUGAAGCAGACGAGUUCCUUCCAGCGCUGGAAGAGAAGGUACUUCAAACUUCGAGGACGGACGCUGUACUACGCAAAAACGGCCAAGUCGAUCAUCUUUGACGAAGUGGACCUCAGUGACGCGAGCGUGGCCGAAUCCAGCACCAAGAAUGUGAACAACAGCUUCACGGUGAUCACUCCGUGCCGCAAGCUCAUCCUGUGCGCCGACAACAGGAAGGAGAUGGAGGACUGGAUUGCCGCCCUGAAGACCGUGCAGAACCCAGAGCACUUUGAGUCCACCCAGUACAGCAUGGACCACUUCUCGGGCAUGCACAACUGGUACGCCUGCUCCCACGCCAGGCCCACCUACUGCAACGUGUGCCGGGAGGCGCUGUCGGGGGUCACGUCCCACGGGCUCUCGUGUGAAGUGUGCAAGUUCAAAGCCCACAAGCGCUGCGCCGUUCGGGCCACCAACAACUGCAAGUGGACGACCCUGGCUUCUAUCGGGAAGGACAUCCGGGAGGACGAGGACGGGAUCUCCAUGCCCCACCAGUGGCUGGAAGGGAACCUCCCGGUGAGCGCCAAGUGCACGGUGUGCGAGAAGACGUGCGGCAGCGUGCUGCGGCUGCAGGACUGGCGCUGCCUCUGGUGCAAGGCCAUGGUCCACACGUCAUGCAAGGACUCGCUCCUGGCCAAGUGCCCCCUGGGCCUGUGCAAGGUGUCCGUCAUCCCCCCGACCGCCCUGAACAGCAUCGACUCGGACGGGUUCUGGAAAGCCACGUGCCCCCCGUCCUGCACCAGCCCCCUGCUGGUCUUUGUCAACUCCAAGAGCGGAGACAACCAGGGCGUGAAGUUCCUGCGCAGAUUCAAGCAGCUGCUGAACCCGGCCCAGGUCUUCGACCUCAUGAACGGAGGACCCCACCUGGGACUGCGGUUAUUCCAGAAGUUCGACACUUUCCGGAUCCUGGUGUGCGGCGGGGACGGCAGCGUGGGAUGGGUCCUGUCUGAGAUUGACAGCCUCAACCUUCACAAGCAGUGCCAGCUGGGAGUGCUGCCCCUCGGCACCGGGAACGACCUGGCCCGCGUGCUGGGCUGGGGCUCCGCCUGCGACGACGACACGCAGCUCCCCCAGAUCCUGGAGAAGCUGGAGCGGGCCAGCACCAAGAUGCUGGACCGGUGGAGCAUCAUGGUGUACGAGACCAAACUCCCCCGGCAGGCGUCGUCCUCCACGGUGACGGAAGACUUCAGUGAGGACUCGGAGGUCCAGCAGAUCCUCUUCUACGAAGACUCGGUGGCCGCGCACCUGUCCAAAAUCUUGACUUCGGACCAGCAUUCUGUGGUCAUCUCCUCCGCCAAGGUGCUCUGUGAGACCGUGAAGGACUUUGUGGCGCGGGUGGGGAAGGCCUACGAGAAAGCCCCCGAGAGCUCCGAGGAGUCUGAGGUCAUGGCCAGGAAGUGCUCUGUGCUCAAAGAGAAGCUGGACUCGCUCCUGAAGACGUUGAACGACGAGUCCCAGGCUUCCUCGUCGCUGCCCAACCCCCCUCCCACCAUCGCGGAGGAGAUGGAAGAUGGCGACGGCUCUGGCGGCGUCUGCGCCUCCAUCGCUUCGGCCUGCCCCGCGCGGCCCCAGAUCUUCCGGCCUCGGGAGCAGCUCAUGCUGAGAGCCAACAGCCUGAAGAAGGCGAUCCGCCAGAUCAUAGAACACGCAGAGAAGGCUGUGGACGAGCAGAACGCCCAGACCCAGGAGCAGGAAGGGUUCCUGCUGGGGCUCCCCACCGCUGAGGAAAGCAAGGGCCCCAAGGCAGAGGAUAAGCCUCCCCCGCAGACCCCUCCUGGCGGCAACGGCGGCGUGUCCCGAGGGAGGAGCCAGCGCAAAGUGUCCAAAUCCCCCUGCGAAAAGCUCAUAAGCAAAGGAAGUUUGUCCCUGGGCAGCUCGGCGUCUCUUCCUCCCCAGACGGGAAACCGCGACAGCUUGCCCAUGCUGAACACAAAGAUCCUGUACCCAAAUAUUCGGGCCGGGAUGUCCGGUUCCUUACCUGGAGGUUCGGUCAUCAGUCGUUUGCUCAUCAAUGCGGAUCCCUUUAACACCGAACCGGAAAAUUUAGAGUGCUACACGGAGAAGUGCGUCAUGAACAACUACUUCGGGAUCGGGCUCGACGCCAAGAUCUCCCUGGAUUUCAAUAACAAGCGCGACGAGCACCCGGAGAAGUGCAGGAGCCGAACCAAGAACAUGAUGUGGUACGGGGUCCUGGGGACGAAGGAAUUGCUGCAUCGGACCUACAGGAACUUGGAACAGAAGGUCCUGCUGGAGUGUGACGGGCGUCCCAUCCCGCUGCCCAGCCUUCAGGGUAUCGCCGUCCUCAACAUCCCCAGCUACGCUGGGGGCACCAACUUCUGGGGAGGCACCAAGGAAGAUGACACGUUCACAGCCCCCUCCUUCGACGACAAGGUGCUGGAGGUGGUGGCCGUCUUCGGCAGCAUGCAGAUGGCCGUCUCCCGCGUCAUCAAUCUGCAGCACCACCGCAUCGCCCAGUGUCGCACGGUGAAAAUCGCCAUCCUGGGCGAGGAGGGCGUCCCCGUGCAGGUGGAUGGAGAGGCCUGGAUCCAGCCCCCCGGCUACAUCCAGAUUGUCCACAAGAACCGGGCACAGACCCUGACCAGGGAUCGGGCCUUUGAGAGCACCCUGAAGUCCUGGGAAGACAAGCAGAAGUGUGAGCUCUCGCGCCCGCCCUCCUUCUCCCUGCACCCGGAGAUCAUGUCCGAAGAGGAGUCCACCCAGAUGCACCAAUUUGGCCAGGCGGCGGGGGCCCUCAUCCACAGCAUCCGGGAGAUAGCUCAGUCCUGCCAGGACAUGGAGCAGGAGCUGGCCCACGCCGUCAACGCCAGCUCCAAGUCCCUCAAUCGAGUCUACGGGAAGUCCAAGGCCAGCGAGGGGCUGAACUGCACGUUUGUCCUGGAGAUGGUGAACAACAUCCGCGCCCUCCACAACGAGACGGAGCUGCUGCUCACCGGGAAGAUGGCCUUGCAGCUCGAGCCGCCCCACAAGGAGCAGCUCGGGGCGGCCCUGGCGGACAUGGACCUGCAGCUGAGGCGGCUGGCCGACAUUCCCUGGCUGUGGCAGCUCAUGGAGCCCAGUGAUGACGAGAAUCCCACCGCGCUGGACUUCUCCAAACGCAGCCGCAGCGGCAAGUUCCGCCUCGUGACCAAAUUCAAAAAGGAGAAGAGCAGCAAGAACAAAGAGCUCCGCGCCGGCUCCGGCCUCCCUGCUCACCUCUGGGGCACGGAGGAGGUGGCCGCCUGGCUGGAGCACCUCAGCCUCUGUGAGUAUAGAGAUAUCUUCAUCGGCCACGACAUCCGGGGCCCUGAGCUGCUGCAGCUCGAGCGGAGGGACCUCAAGGACCUCGGGGUGACCAAGGUGGGCCACAUGAAGAGGAUCCUCCACGGAAUCCGGGAGCUGAGCCGGGGCACUCCCGCCGCCGAGGCUUAGCCGGGGUCCUCGCCGCCUGCGUCCGCCCCUCUUCCGCCCGCUGAAGCCACGGCACCCCCCCCCCCCACCCACAGAGCUCAUGUCAUGGUGCUACUCUCCCCCGUGGGCACAGCUCGCCAGCAGGGCCCGCCCCCACGGAGGGCUCCUCACCGCAGCUACCUUCCAAACGGCCCGGGCCCCCGGGGGGCGCUCCUCGGGCUGGCCUCCCCGCUGACCGGACGCCUCGGGAGGAACCCCGGCCCCUCUGGUCCCCGCGACCCGCUCCGGGGGGAUCCGCUGUGACCGUCCCCUUUGUACAGGCCGGGAUCUGAGGUCGACCCAAGGGCAGCUGGAUCGUCUCCCAUGAGCAUCUUAGGGAGCAUCCUCGGCCCUCCUCCCCCUCCGGCGGAGCCCCCAGACCAUCACGCGUGCCCCGCCCCCGAGUGUGUUUGUGGAGAAGGCUCGAGGGACAGAAGGGGCACCCCGAUCAGCCACACCCCCAGGGGCGAGACCGGCGGCGGCCCCUCGAGAAGGACCCCGGCAGCCCGCCGUGAGCCGGAAGCGCUGGGGGCUCGCUCUCCACUCUGUUGUGAUGGGGCAGAAAUCCUUUGUUUCCCGACAGGAGCAAAGAGGCCGUCCUCCCUUUGGGGGCUCUCCCUGCCCGGCCACGUCUGACCCCAACCCAGGGUCGCUUUGCCUCCAUCUUUUGUGAGAUCCCGCUCUCGGAGGGGCCCGGGCCCUGGAUCCCCCAGUGUAGCUUCUGCCGCCGCCGGGGGCUGUGGGGGGGGGGGCAAGAAUCCGGCACAGGGGCCACGGAGGGGGCCACGUGGCUCGGCCAAGCUCCGCGCUCACUCCCCGGCGCGGCCGGUCAUCCCAGACGGGGCGUGGAAUCGGCGGGCGACGAGCGGAGGCCCCGAGUCCUGGGCCCCGGAAGCUCUGAAUGCCAGGGACAGACGGGGAGGGAGGAAGCCAGGCCAGAGGCAGCAGCCCCAGAAUGUUCCACGGCCUCCACGAGCCCGAAGGGAAGCAGCCCCAGGGAGAAAGGGCCGGGGUCCUCGUCCCACCGCCCCAAGGAUCCCCCCCCACCCCCCGGAGGCUGCGCAGCCUGUGCUCCUGAGGGCGGGGCCAAAUCUGUCUUUUCUAAAACCUGCUGCGGCCAAAGGGAGGAGGAACCUGAGACCCAAACCUGAAGGAGGCGCUGCGGUCCCAGACUAGGCAGCGUGAGGGGGCGGGGCCGGCCCGACGUCCGUGGGCCCCUCCCCCACCCCCCUCCCCUGGCGGCGGCGCCUGGGUUUUCUCCCCUUGUGCAGUCAGCCUUGGGGCUGGGGAAGGGGCGGCUCCGCUUGACGGCCCUUGUGGGACUGACCAGGAGGUUCCAAAGUGAACUUAGCCCCUGAGCCAGGACCUUCCAUCCAAUCCGCCUCUUUGCUCUUGUCCCACGUGGGCUUCCAGUGUCUGUGGGCACUGUGCCCCCCUCACCUCCCCCCCAUCCCCCGCGCGCUCGUGCCCCCACCCUGGGUCAGACCCGGCCCUUUGUUAGGGAGCCCUGGGGGCUCUGAAAAAAUCAGGAUUUCAAGCAUCCGAAUCCUAAUUUGGUGACGCAGCCGCCUCUGACGCCCCCUCCUCGCCCGCGGCCGCCCAUCGAGCUCCCUCCUACCUCAGCCGCUUACGGGAACCCUGCGUCCAGCUUCCGUGCCCGCGGCUCCCCGCGGCUGACCUCUGCCCUUCCCGGCCCUUCUCCGUGGCCAAGCUCGGCCACUAGAAUACCAAAGCCAUCCGGCCUCGGCCCAGCCUGGCAGCCGCCGAGCCCCCGCCUGAGCUUCCUCCCCCCGGCCUGCUCCCCACCCUCUGGAUCUUCCCGGCUUCUCCGAAUCCCUGGUUCGCCACUUCUUGGGGAGCGCCUCGUGUCCCUGCCCUUUGCUCCCGGAAAGCUGUGGCCUUGACUCUUUGGGGUGUCUGACCCCCGCCCUCCUGCCUCUGACCCCCGCCCCGAGUUGUGAUGGUUUGUGCUUUUGUCCGUGUGGCCGCCCCCCUCCCCCCUCCGCCCCUGUGCGGUCUCCACCCGCUGCUGAGCUGUCUCUGCUCCGAGGGCCGGCCCAGCCCGAGGUUUGGCCAGAGGGAAUCCAGGGAAGAAGCCUGGGGAGUCUGUUCCCCAAAAGACUAGGAUUGGGGUUCCAGAAGUGCCCAUGGGUGGCUACGGUUCCAGCGUUUGCAUGGCACUCUGCCCCCCUCCCCUCCUGCCCCUCCCCCCAGCAAUGCCCCCUCUUUACAGAUGAGAACCGAGCUCGCCAGGUGACUCAGGUAGGGACCACAGCCGGGGCGUGCCCGGUGCCAGAGGCCUUCGAAGGCUGGGGCUGUGGGACCACCUGCCCAGGAGCGCCGUCGGCGAGGGCCCCCCUCCCCCCACGCCUCAGGGUCCCUUGGGCCUUGUCCUCAGCUCACAGGCCCGGGACAGGCCGGAUCAGGGGGCCUCCCUGCCCCCCCAGGUGCCCCAGGUGUUAGGAUUUAUGUGGAUGGGAAGCAGGCGGAGGCUUUGCACGUGCACUCACACACACACACACUUGCUCCAUCACUAGUGACCCCCCCCAGCCCACCUAGAAGCUGUGACGAGCCGGAGCCCCCCUGCCCCUCCCCUCCCCAAGGUCCAGCCGCUUUCUGUUGAGAGUGUUCUUUUCCAAGCGUCUCAGCCGGGGUCGAAACAAGACGGAUGCGGGUGUUUACAUCGAGUCGCGUGGGUCCCUCUCCAGCGCUUGUGUGUCCCGUAAGCAGCGAGCGUCUCCUGCAGAGGCCCAGUGGCUGCCGGGGUCCGCGCGGUCCGGGCAGUCGUCGGGGUCCGGGGCGCCCAUGGUGGCCGCCGGGUCUGCACUGUCUGGGGCGCUGCGGCGACCGCUCCUCGGGGGCCCCGAGCACCUCGGAGCCGAGGUUUCGUGCCUUAGCUUGGGGCCCCCGCCCCCUCCUAUUUAUUACCUUAAUUUAUAUGGCGAGCCCACGCCGCGCCGCGCCUCUGGAUGUUUGUGUACAUAGCCCCCCCCUCGCUUGUUGUACAUACGUCAGUCUUGUAUAUAAAGGAAGCUCGUUUUCCACCCUC